CAAACUUCUCGCACUUCAUAGGUUUAUUAAAUACCGAUUAUACAGCGCGCUUGAUAAACGUCAAGGUCACACCGACAGCUGCGAUUUUCCGGGAGCCCUCCUUUGUAAUAGUUCCUCCCCCAGGACCAUGGACUUGUCUACGGUAGAUCUUGAGUCUUCUCGACAGAAAGCAGCAGCUAGCAAGGAGGCAGAGGCAAAGCAGGAGCAAGGCGAGGACGUCGUGCUGCUUUUCAGCUUACCGGGAGGCCAGAAGGCUGCGCACAGCUUCAAGGUGGGCGUGACGGUGGCGUACGUCAAGGCCUUCUUGGCGGAGCAGCACGAGCUGGAGUUCGCCAAGCUUAAGCUGCUCAUGGCCGGGCGCUUGAUGAUCGACCCGCUGUCGCUCAGCGACUGCCCGGGCGUGGCGCCGGGCAAGGAGGUGGAGGUGGAGGUGAACCUGGGCUGAGCAGGAGGUGGAGGAUGGGGGAAGGAGGAGGAGGAGGAGGGGGAACGAGAAGGAGGAGCAGCAACAGUAGGAGGAGGGGGGAGGAGGAGGAGAGCCGCAAGACUUGCAACCGUGGCGGGCGGGCCGGCUAGGCGGUCUACUUGCGGGAGUCUUCAGAGGUGGACUCAGCAGCGCACGUGGCCGUUGCGUUUGUUUACCUGCAUACUAUUGGGCACCACACGCGGGCACUCAUGUAGGGCCGCCAUCUUCCAGCGCGGUCGGGAUUUGCAGCCGCCGUGCGUGGCAGAUGCAAGCAGCACCGCAUGAGCUGAAUGGCGUUGUCCUGAGGGCCUGAUGUUGCGCGGGGUCAGAAAUCUAUGAAGUCCAGGCGCCAUGGUCCUUGGCUUGCAGCCACUCAGUGCGAUGCGGCGGCGCCUUGGCGUGUCGCGCCUAGGUGUUACUGCACGCACGCGGUGAUGGCAGGUGUGAGUGCGAUGGGACAGUGGUAAGGCAGGUUGGUAAAGUCCCGUAGGGUGCAGCUGAUUCCCAGACUCCAGCAGAUGGCAAACAAUAUGCAACGGCAGGGCAGGAGUACGCGGCCGGUCGAACGCCGGAUUUACUGUACCGACGAGUUGCUGGCUGGCUGGAAGUUUGCUGACGCAUAUUCCUCACGCUCCGAGCGCCCGGCCAGGCGAUAGCACCACACAGACACACCGCGGUGAUGGCAGGUGUGACUAUGUUCGGGGGUGAACGGGAAAUUAAUACGUAGGUUGUCAUACUAUAGCUGCUGGUCCUCGUGCCCGACACGCGGCCGCCGCAGCCAAGAAUGCCAGCGGUGCUUUUGGAUGUGCCGCUUGCGACUUCUGGAAGCGUGCUGCAUGCGGUUGGGUCAGGUCUGCGAGGCGUGAAAGCACGCACUAAGUUUGCUGUCGUCCCUGAUUACAUCGGUAUGCGCGCCGUUCUCGUGACACGUGAUGACGGCUGCUGCUGCUGCUGGACCAUGCGCUUUCAUGACACAGUGAUGUAUGGCGUGGCUGGGUGGGUGGGUGGCUGGGCGCGCGGGGACCUGGGCCUGCCUGGACUGGCCCGUUUUGCUCGUGGCCCAACUGACACAACAUCACUGAAACGCUUGCCUAGAUUGUGUAUUUGAAUCGGCUUUCCUACCCACAACGAGCGGCGGGAGGGGUGGCGAGAACUGGUGCGCAGGCCCCCAGGACUCGCGCGGCGCUGGCUCAUUAGCUGAUGAUUUCUUGCUAGCGACUGCUCACUCGCUUUAUUACUCCGGUGGGCGUUUCGUCUGUCCCACCCUAAAAGAUAUUCCUCCAUAAUUAUACGACUCGCGCGAGCAGUUCGUAAUUGCUGGCAACGCUGUGAAUCCUGGCGUCAACGCAGUCGGACCGUCCGACUCCGGCGAGGUCGGACUCCCAGCCGCCGCGCAGAGGUUCCAUUACUGGCAUUCAUCUGUUUAAGCCGAAACUCUUUUCAUCAUUAUCUUGCUGGGAUUUACGAUGUGGGUACAGUUGAGUAGUGCAAUUAAAGCACGCACAGCAAACUUGCCUUUGAUCACAGCGGACGACACCACCCGCGUGAGCAAAGAACGUCGUAACCAAACUAAUUGCAUGAAUUCAUAACAUAAUCCAGCCGUGUUAUGAUUGCGCGGCGUGCGUGCUCCGGGAGAAGCGCAAUCUUUACCUUCAUGUGGCAUUGAUGCACCCGGCGUGACAGGCGGAGUUACCCACGCACUGGCCGGAAGCAACGGUUCCGAU